AUGCUAGCAUCUUGCAACCUCCACAAGUUCCCGAAUCUGCAAAACCAUCCAUCUCUGGAUACGCUUGAUCUCUCGCACAACGAGUUAGAAGGCGAGAUCCCUAGCUGGCUGUGGAGAGUUGGCAAUGCUGUUCCGUUUCUUGGAUCUGUCUCACAACAGACUCACUCAUCUCCAACAGCCUUACUCAAUCCUGCACUGAGUUUCCUUGAUCUGCAUUCCAACCUUCUCAGUGGAGAGAUUCCAAUGCCACCGCUCUCAGCUGGAUACGUGGAUUUCUCGAACAAUGGCUUCUCAUCUAUUAACCCAGACAUCGGGAACACCCUUAAAGAAGUCUCGUCUUUCUCUGCAGCAGACAAUAAGCUGGUGGGAAGGAUCCCGCCUUCGCUCUGGGAUGCCACCGGGCUUCAAGUGCUCAACUUAUCGCGCAAUGCUCUGUCUGGCCAUAUCCCAUCUGCGGUCGGGAAUAUGUCCGGGCUGCAAUCGUUAGACCUCUCGUUCAACGCCCUGGAUGGGGAGAUUCCCGGGGAGCUUGCAAGACUCACAAGCCUUUCAUUCUUGAAUGUGUCAUACAAUCAUCUUGUCGGGAAGAUACCCCUGAAGAAGUUUCCAGAAAGUUCUUACGUUGGAAACGAGGGGCUGUGCGGGUUGCCUCUAAACGUAUCUUGCGACGGGCGUGGCAGAGGGAUGUACCAUGUCUUGUUGGAGUAA